AUGGAGCGUCGAUCGCGGAGCUGGGCCCUGGGCCUGAGCUUCAUUGGCUUUUUCGCCCUCCUACUUUCUCUGGGCUUCGUCCAGCAAGUCAAGGCGGACGAUGUCUCGGAGUACGGCACGGUUAUCGGUAUUGACUUGGGCACCACAUACUCAUGUGUUGGUGUAAUGCAAAAGGGCAAGGUUGAGAUUCUGGUCAAUGACCAAGGAAACCGUAUCACCCCGUCGUAUGUCGCCUUCACCGAUGAGGAGAGGCUGGUCGGAGACGCCGCCAAGAACCAGGCCGCGGCCAACCCCUUCCGGACCAUCUUCGACAUCAAGCGUCUGAUCGGCCGCAAGUUCUCGGAAAAGGACGUCCAGAACGAUAUCAAGCAUUUCCCAUACAAAGUCGUCUCCAAGGAUGACAAGCCGGUUGUCAAGGUCGAGGUUAGCGGCGCUGAGAAGACUUUCACCCCCGAGGAGAUCUCGGCUAUGAUUCUCUCCAAGAUGAAGGAGACUGCCGAGGGCUACCUUGGCAAGAAGGUUACCCACGCCGUCGUCACCGUCCCUGCCUACUUCAACGACAACCAGCGCCAGGCUACCAAGGAUGCCGGCAUGAUCGCUGGUCUCAACGUCCUCCGCAUUGUCAACGAGCCCACCGCUGCUGCUAUCGCCUACGGCCUGGACAAGACCCAAGGUGAGCGCCAGAUCAUCGUCUACGACCUUGGUGGUGGUACCUUUGAUGUCUCCCUCCUGUCUAUCGACCAGGGUGUCUUCGAGGUGCUGGCUACUGCCGGCGAUACCCACCUUGGUGGCGAGGACUUCGAUCAGCGCAUCAUCAACCACUUCGCCAAGACCUUCAACAAGAAGCACAACGUCGAUGUCACGACCGACGCCAAGGCCAUGGGCAAGCUCAAGCGUGAGGCCGAAAAGGCCAAGCGCACUCUGUCGAGCCAAAUGUCCACUCGCAUUGAGAUUGAGUCCUUCUUCCAGGGCAAGGACUUCAGCGAGACCCUGACCCGCGCCAAGUUCGAGGAGCUCAACGCCGAUCUGUUCAAGAAGACGCUGAAGCCUGUCGAGCAGGUUCUCAAGGACGCCAAGGUCAGCAAGAGCGAGAUUGACGACAUUGUCCUUGUUGGCGGUUCUACCCGUAUCCCCAAGGUCCAGGCGCUCAUCGAGGAGUUCUUCGGCAAGCAGGCUAGCAAGGGUAUCAACCCUGAUGAGGCUGUUGCUUUCGGCGCCGCCGUCCAGGCUGGUGUGCUGAGCGGCGAGGAGGGCACUGAAGAGAUCGUGCUCAUGGACGUCAACCCGCUCACCCUCGGUAUCGAGACCACUGGCGGUGUCAUGACCAAGCUCAUUCCCCGCAACACCCCCAUUCCGACACGCAAGAGCCAGAUCUUCUCGACCGCCGCCGACAACCAGCCCGUUGUCCUAAUCCAGGUGUACGAGGGCGAGCGCUCCAUGACCAAGGACAACAACCUGCUCGGCAAGUUCGAGCUCACCGGUAUCCCGCCCGCCCCCCGUGGCGUUCCCCAGAUCGAGGUUUCGUUCGAGCUCGACGCCAACGGUAUCCUCAAAGUCUCUGCCCACGAUAAGGGCACCGGCAAGGGCGAGUCUAUCACCAUCACUAACGACAAGGGCCGCCUCACCCAAGAGGAGAUUGACCGCAUGGUCGCCGAGGCCGAGAAAUACGCCGAGGAGGACAAGGCCACCCGUGAGCGCAUCGAGGCUCGCAACGGUCUGGAGAACUAUGCCUUCAGCCUGAAGAACCAGGUCAACGACGAGGAGGGCUUGGGCAAGAAGAUCUCGGAGGAGGAUAAGGAGACUAUCCUUGACGCCGUCAAGGAGGCCCAGGACUGGCUCGAGGAGAAUGCCGCCACUGCGAGCACAGAGGACUUUGAGGAGCAGAAGGAGAAGCUGUCCAACGUGGCCUACCCGAUCACCAGCAAGCUGUACUCUGGCGCCGGGGGCGCCGAGGACGAGCCCGACUCGCACGACGAGCUUUAG